AUGGAUCCAAACUCCAGCUUGCUUUCGGGUCCAGCCCAAUAUCCGACAGAACCUUGUAUGGAAGGUGGAAGAAGUCUGUCCCCCAGGGAGCAGAGCAGAUGCUCCCCCUUUGCCUGGAGUCAGGUCCCCAGCUCCAGCCUCUCCGACCCUGACUGCUUUGGGGAUGAGCACAUCCAGGCAAAGAGGGCCAGAGUAGAGACCAUCGUCCGAGGCAUGUUCCUCUCCCCAACCCCUUUGGGGCCAGGCAGGGCCCCUGCCGGGGACAGCCUGAGCUGCCCAGAGAAGGCCCAGGGGCGGAAGAGGAAGCAGAGCCUUCCCGCGCAGCAAGGUCCCCUGGAGCCAGGCCCUGCUGGGAACCGGGGCUGCGGCAGGAAGGGGGGCCCUCGGGUGAGAGGACAGCUCCACCUGCUGAGGCAGCAGGUGAGACACCUGCAGGAACGCAUCCUGCGGGCCGUGGAGCCCAGGGCCGCAGCUCAGGGCCCUCUGACGGCAGACCAGAGGAACGGCCCUGGGCCUGGGCCCUGGGGGGUGGACAGCGACCACCACCACUGCCCGGGGUCCAUCGGGGACCUCUCCAGACUGGAGAAACACAGAGUGUCUGAGGUCCAGUACCUGCCUGAGGGGCCCAGGUUUCUUCCCUCUGAAGCAUGGGCCUUGCUGGAGAGUCUGAAGAAAGAACUGACGGGGGCCAUAUCCCAGGCUGUGGACUCGGUGUUACAGAAGGUACUGGUGGAUCCAUCGGGGCACCUGACUCAGCUGGGCGGGAGGUUCCAGGGGCCCGUGCCAGACGGGAGGAAUGAGUCCUCGCCUCCCGAGGGCGGUGCCCGUAAAGAUCCGCUUCCUCUGGCAGCCUUGCCGAGGCGGGUCCAGACACCAGCAGGGGCUCCGCUGGGAAGCUUAACGCUGGCCAAGUCUCUAGAUCCUCCCAGGUACCCCACCUCUCCGAGAAUGAUCCCCAAACCCUAUCAGGCUCCCCCAGCAGACUGUCCCUUGGCGGUUGCACCUGCCCACAUCCAGGAGGAGCAGAUUCUUGGCCAGCUACUGGGCCAUGGGCCCGGGGGCCACUGGAGGGGCGGUCUUCCUCAGGACCCAUCUGCCCGGAGCCAGCCCUCCUCGGAGGUGGCCCUGCAACCUUGGGGAGCUGCCAGACUGCGACCUUUGGCCUCGGGCCGGCAGCAGUGCCCCUGGCCCUUCACGUCCACCUGUUUGGAAAGACUGGCCCUCGUUCCCCCAGUGAAAAUGGAGCCGGGUGGCCUGCAGGCUAUCACGGACACGCUUCCUUUCUCUGCGGCCCACAUCCAGGAGGGCCUCAAUCCUGGUCACUUGAAGAAGGCCAAACUAAUGUUUUUCUUCACACGCUACCCCAGCUCCAACCUCCUGAAGGCUUACUUCCCUGAUGUUCAGUUCAACCGCUGCAUCACCUCCCAGAUGAUCAAGUGGUUCAGCAACUUCCGUGAGUUUUAUUACAUACAGAUGGAGAAAUUUGCCCGGCAAGCGAUUUCCGAUGGUGUCACAAAUCCCAAAAUGCUGGUGGUUCUCCGCGACUCAGAACUUUUUCGAGCUCUCAAUAUGCACUACAACAAGGGAAACGACUUUGAGGUCCCAGACUGCUUCUUGGAAAUCGCCAGCUUGACAUUACAGGAGUUCUUCAGGGCUGUCUCCACAGGCAAAGACGCAGAUCCUUCCUGGAAGAAACCCAUUUAUAAAAUUAUUUCAAAACUGGACAGUGACAUCCCAGAGAUAUUCAAAUCUUCCAGCUAUCCCCAGGAACUGUUUCGGAAUUAAGAUCCCACAAAGUGAGGAGUGACUGGCCUGGCUUUCCUGGGUUUGAUUCUCAAAUGGCAGUCAGUACAUCUGUAGUCAUAUAAAGAGGGCAUAAGGAGAAAUCCCUCAAAUAGGUACUAUGACCAUUUUUUGAUCAUUUAUUUCCUUUUCCAGAAUUACCAGAGGUUUAACAUUAACUAUAAAAUAUUGUAAAAGGAACACAAUGGUUUGGAACCAGAACAAUCUCCACUCCACUGUUUCCAGGUAUCAUGACCCUGGGAACCUGCAGGUGUCCCUGCAUCUGUAAAACGAGGUUGUAAGGAUAGAGAGAUACAUCUUAGAGAACUCUGUGAAAUGUUUAUUACUCACUACACAAAUGUUCUUUUCUUCCCCCUUCAGCUUUCAAAGUUAUCUUAUUUGGAUUCUUUUUUUUUUUUUUUUUUACAAAUUGCUGUUUUUAGUUACUUAUUUAUCAAGCUUCACCUAUGUGCAAGACACUUUCAAAUACAUUACCUUUAAGCUAUUUAUCCCGAAAAGUAGAUUUUAUCUUCAUUUUAAAAAUAGCCAAACAGAAUCUUAGAACUGUGAGGUAAGUCGCCAAAGCCCAGGAGGCCAGGGCAUUUGGGUCGGGAGGGAUGGUCAGGUGCACGGAGGCACCCACGACCUUCUGACGCCAGGCUGCAUGGGGACCACGUGGUGCUGCCGCCCGCGCUCUCACACAGGCCACCGUCCCCGGUGAGCAUCCAGCCCUGAUGCGGACUGUCUUCUGACAACCCCUGCCUGGCACUUAGGAGUGCUUGUCACCCGGAUGUCCACCGAUCCUUUCAGCAAAGCCAACACAAACUUUAUGCAGGACUUGAGAGUUGUUACACAUUCACAGUCAUCUGCUGGAAGUUUAUCAGCAGUUAAAUAACCCAAACUGUCUCUAGUCGACCAAUGCAAUGAAUGCCUCAAGCUCCUAUGUGCCGAAGAAACUGAACUUCAGGCCGUGAAAGCUAGAAAGGGCGUGAGGGCUCAUCUGGCCCAGCUUGCUUAAAUGAGGAAGGAGGAAACUGAAGCUCAGACAUGAGGCUUGUGCACAGCCUCACAGAUGAUGAAUGGCGUAACGGAGACAAAUACGGCAUCACACAGAAAUGGAAACUCCCCUGCUCCAUAAGGACCUUACAGCCCAUGGUCAAUCUUUCACAGAUAAAGGAAUUCAGGAAAUCAACAUUUUUUUUCUUUUCCCCCUGCUGGUCCAACACAAAUGGUGACUUGCUCUGAGCAUGUAAGUAAGACCUCUGGAAUACUGGGUAAUUGCAGCAUCCCAGCUAGUCAGAAUAAAGUCUUUGAAAGCAUGCCAAAAGUGCACAGGCCAGGGCAGGCAUCACUCAGAGCUCAUUCCGACUAAGGGGUGUCUGUGAUUUCAUUAGCUUACUGCUUUCUCCUGUACAGAAAUUACUAUAUCAACUACCCUACUUCCUUGAC